ACUUGCAUGUUAAAUGAUCAAACCAAACAUGCUUGACAUUGCUGAGAAUCCGUGCGCACGUCGAUGCUGCACUUAACCGUUUUACAGCUCUAAUUUUUAAUUGUUUAUUUAUUUAUUUUUUAUUUAAUCGUGUUCACCGUCCUGCGCUGGAGCACAUCCUGCCCGUCAUAUCGCCUUGUGGCAGAUUUCUGCUGAUGCAGGGAUGUCUGGGAAUGACAGGGGCUCGCUUAUUGCCCCUAAUGCAUCUCUCUCCGAACUGCAGCGCAACAUAUGCGGUUUGCUUAAAUGCUGUUUGCUCUGCUCACCGCCGUGCCGCUGCCAAAGCAAGUAGGGGCUUUGCAGCAUAGCUGUUCUCUCGGUUUUUUUCAACCUCUCUUCUUUAGAUCACAUAGAUUUCCCGUUCUGCUCUAAUUUUGGAGGACAGAUUAAAUAAUGCGCACUCCAACGUUUUAGGCUGGUGCAACUUUAAAGUUUCACAUUUUACCAAUCUCUGCUGCUCUGCAGUUGGAUGAUUCUACUCCAAGCCAUUCAAGACCUCUCAAGAUCAGACCACGAAGCAGCAGCAGCAACUGCUUCACAUGCACUGGGGAACAGCAAUGGUCAAGUCAGCGAGAGCCGCAGUGGAGCCGCACUGAGGCAAAGCAGCCAACCGCCCCCCCCUUCGCAACUGGGGACGCCUCCAACGAUCUGUGGGGUGUGGGAAGCUGAGGAGUGGAAAAAUUUCUCCUAACGGUGAAUGCCUGGUUAGUCAGACUAACCGACACUCCUGCACAAUUCCUGCACCAACUCUUGCUCCACUGUGCCCUCCACCUCUCCCCCCCCCCCAAAAUGACCGUUGUAGCGGGGGACAACAUGGACGAGACCUCAGCUGUCCCAGGACACCCUCAGGACACCUACCCUCCGGACCACAACGACCACGAGUGCUGCGAGAGAGUAGUCAUCAACAUAGCUGGCCUCCGGUUUGAGACGCAGUUGAAAACUCUCUCACAGUUCCCGGAGACUUUGCUCGGUAACCCCAAAAAGCGGAUGCGGUACUUUGACCCCCUGAGAAACGAGUACUUCUUCGACAGGAACAGGCCCAGCUUCGAUGCAAUCUUGUACUUCUACCAGUCAGGAGGUCGGCUAAGAAGGCCAGUAAACGUGCCCUUGGAUAUGUUCUCAGAAGAAAUCAAAUUUUAUGAGCUGGGAGUGGAGGCGAUGGAAAGGUUCCGCGAGGAUGAGGGUUUCAUCAGAGAGGAAGAGCGUCCUCUGCCUGAGAAGGAGUUCCAGCGACAGAUCUGGCUUCUUUUUGAGCACCCAGAAAGCUCUGGCACUGCAAGAGGGAUUGCCAUUGUAUCUGUGAUGGUGAUCCUCAUUUCCAUUGUCAUAUUUUGUUUGGAGACUCUACCACAGCUAAAAGGGGACCCGAUGGGUCGAUUUGAGACAAUUGGGAAUACUACAAUUUACUACAAACCAAAUAUCCUUACUGAUCCCUUCUUUGUCAUUGAGACUCUCUGUAUAAUCUGGUUCUCAUUUGAGCUGAUAGUACGCUUCCUGGCAUGCCCCAGCAAACCGGCCUUCUUCAAGAACAUGAUGAACACGAUUGACAUUGUGGCCAUAAUCCCUUACUUCAUUACACUCGGCACCGAGCUGGCAGAAGACGAUGGAGUAGAAAAGGAGGGGGUGGGGGAGCAGGCAACUUCUCUGGCCAUACUCAGGGUGAUCCGUCUGGUCAGGGUUUUUCGGAUCUUCAAGCUGUCGAGACAUUCUAAGGGACUUCAAAUCCUGGGGCAGACCCUCAAGGCUAGUAUGCGAGAGCUGGGAUUGCUGAUCUUCUUCCUGUUCAUCGGAGUCAUCCUGUUCUCCAGCGCUGUCUACUUUGCCGAAGCUGAGGAGCAGGGUUCUUACUUUGGCAGCAUCCCGGACGCCUUCUGGUGGGCCGUUGUGUCCAUGACAACUGUGGGUUACGGGGACAUGGUCCCAGUCACUAUCGGUGGCAAGAUUGUCGGAUCUCUGUGCGCGAUUGCUGGAGUCUUAACAAUUGCCCUUCCGGUGCCUGUCAUCGUGUCCAACUUCAACUACUUCUACCACAGAGAGACCGAGGGAGAGGAGCAGGCGCAGCUGCUCAACGUCAGCAACCCCAACAUCCCCUCCGAAACCAACUCCAGCCGCCGUAGCUCAUCCACCGUCAGCAAGUCAGAGUACAUGGAGAUCGACGGAGACAUCAACAACAGCAUCGACAACUUUAGGGAGGCAAACCUUAGAACUGGAAAUUGCACUAUUGCCACUCAGAACUGUGUGAACAAAAGCAAGCUGCUCACAGAUGUAUAGGCAUCAGCUGGAAACUCUUGCUCGUUCAGUCACAUGGGGGGUAGACCAUCUGAUAGGAAUGCUUCAUUUAGCUCCCAGAGCGCUCUACUGGCAUUAGGCCUACAACUAUCCUCAGUUAAUAAAAGAGAAACAAAGCUGUUACAGUAUAUACCAAUGUAGAUAGAAUAAUUAAUUUGACUGAUCCAAUAACUAUAAUGUUAAGAAAACACUGAUUAUCACACAAAAACACAGCUCCCUAGAGGAUGCAGAGCACACCCUGUCUUGUCAGAUGAUGCUGUGAUAACUAAAAAUGUUAUGCAUGCACUACAGAUAACUGAUCAGCAAGCUGCACAAUGCACCAGAAAAGACUGCAGACAUUCAAGCCUCUAAGCCAAGUGGUAGGGGUAGAUGAGAGGGGUAGAUGACCCCUCUCCUGGCCCCCUUCCUCCUUCCCCUCUCCCCCUGCAAAGGAUCUGCUACUCAGCAAAGCACCUUAUAGUAGGAAGAUUGCUCUUCUAUCUUGUUUUGGAUGUGAACAGAUGGUGAACUGCUUGCUUCAUGGACAUCUGCAAUGCUGCUGGUCUUGCAGCAGCUGCCGUAAUUGUGUUAUCACCAAGUGAUCCGAUGCCAUGCCCUUUAGAUGCAUCACAGCACAACUUGUAAAAGUGAGCUUCAUGCGAGCAUGAUUUUAAAGACUUUCCAUUUGAUACCGGCAUGCAUGAGGCAUAAGUCACAAAGUGGGGGAAGGAUGUUCUUUUGGAUGUCCACCUACAUUUCCCACUUCUUCCAAUAUUGCCAUACAGAGUGCACUGGAUGAGUUCUUUUCUUUUGAAUUGCUAAUCAUUUAAAAGUAUAGAAACUGAAUGUUAACUCUUAAGGGAACAGUACAUAAAUGAGAUCAUAGCAUGAAAAAAGUAACUUGCAUUAUGGCCUAACCACUAAGGUACUUUUGUAUCCUGGUAUAUUUAUUGUACAAUGUAUACAGCAUGAUGUAUACAGCUUGUUGCAAUUCAUGCAUUCUGCAGUUCCCUGUCAUUGGGGAAACUGGAAGAAUCGAAAAUCUGGGUCUUUUUGAAUUGUGAUCAGAUUUACAGAAAUCCACCGUUUAGGUUGUGGAGUUUCUCAUUUAUAAGUAGACAAAGAAAGUUACUAAAUAAUAUUGGAAAAAUGCAUAUAACCAUAAUAAGCACCAGUUACAGCAUUAGUCAAUAGAGCAGUGCAUGGACCUUCUUUGAGAACAAAAAAAAGUUUAGAUAUUUUCAGUCAUACUUCUUACUUUUUUUCAUCGCUAAGUUUAGUAGAAAUUAGUCCACAGAAUAGAUUCGUGUUUCCUAGAUGUAUUCUGAGAUUAGUUUCCAGUGCCUUUUAAUCCCCCGCCCCCCAAACAACAGGAUCAGUGAAAGUGCCUCAGUAUGCAAACGAUGUUUGGGUUUAGAUCCAGAGAAUAUCAGUGUUAAACACUGUUGGGUGUGAUGUUAGUGAUGCCACACAGGUUCACACAGCAGGUGACUGCAGUACAUGCACAACCACAUUUUCAUGCUGGCAUGUGUUUAAUGAUGCCAUUAAGCAGCAAUGGAUUGUUCUCUGCAUGUUUACCAUAUUCAUUCAAUAGAGUCUUCAUUCACUCUGGUAUUACUUUUUUUGUGCACCGUGCAUCCUUUCAGGGUUUCUACCUCAGCGAGGUCAUUGCAAACUUGCGGAGCUGAACGCUUCAAUGCAGGGCUUCCGAUAACAGUACCUACACAUGCACAUGCACACACACACAUAUAUAAAUAUAUAUAUAUAGAGAGAGAGAACAGAGAAUAGAACCUUAAGUGUAAACUGCAGUCAUGCAAUAUUGAAUGUGAGAGUUCCAAAGCAAAGCCUUUACGCAAGCACUUACAUGUAGAGAAAGUAGGGUUUUGCAAUCCUGCUCCCUUUUCCACUUAAAGCUGCGCACAAUCAGCCCAUUCAUUUGUAUGAAGUUUGUAGGGAACACAUGACUCCCCCUUAUUGUUGUAAGUGUAAGUUUCUUUGAAACAGUGCCAUGUCAGCGGAGUGUGUAUGAAUACAUUUGUGUAAAAGAAAAGCUGAGAGCUGUCAUAUUGCAGCAGUCAUGGGGCAUUAUAAUGCACAGCAAAAUGCGGUCCAUCUCUUUUGCACAACUGCUUCAUUCCAUCGCUGAAAGAAAAAGGCCAUUUUUGAUUUGUUUUGUCACAGUGCUAGCUCGCAGGAGAACAGCAAGCAGAUUGGUACAAAAUGUACUUGAAACUCUUCAGCUACUGUACACCAGUCUGCUCUCUAUACUGGGAGGAGUUCAUCCAUAUAAUAGUAAGACUCUGUGCUGUACUGUACUGUAAUGCUCUUUCUUCUUAUUUAACACUCUCCCGACAAAGAUCCUUGGGAAAAAAAGCUGCACUGCAGUGCUACUCGAAUGUCUUAGCUGUUUCUGCUGGUGCAGUGGCCAUCCUUUGUGGUGCUAGUACAAGACUACCACUGUUGUCUUGUUUCCACAACAUAAUCUGAUGCAGAAAAAUGACCCCCUCAUUAAUUAUGGGGAGAUGAAUUAUGCUUUUAAUGCCUUUUUUUGAAGCAGGAAGGUUGCUUGGUGUAGGAAACUGUCGUUUUGUUUGAAAUUGAUCUUUGUACUGUACUUUUGAAGAGCAUCUUCCUCAGGCAUAGUGAAAAACCUUACUUAUUACAAGUUAAAAAAGGAAGUGAUUCAAUUUGUCGUUUCUUUGUAGAUUAGGAUGACAUAUAUAUCGAAUAACAUAGAAUAUACAAGGAAAUUAUAUCAGCCUCAAAUGCAGCUGCAAAGAAACUGUCUGGUGUCAUCACAUUUUUCAUGGAAAAAAGUGCAGCGAUGAAGAAAAUACAAAUGAUCUUAGCAGAGAGGACAUAUAUGGAUGGUGCUAUGCAUUCAGUUACCCAAUGAAAACUGCAUCCUUACAAGCAAUAGUACAACAUAUAACCUGUUCAUGUAAAAGACUGUACGAAUCUGUUUCCACAACUGGACUGCUCAUGUACCAACACUCUGAUUGUUCAGUCUGGGACUUUUGUCCUCACAUGUAGUAACUGACAUAUAGGGCUUCACUGGAGCAAAAAGCUGCUAAACGGCUCAGUCAAACCAACAAGGAAGAGCCUAUAAUGCACUUAGAGAGAAUUGGCCUUCUGUUCUUGGGGCUGUUAUGGUGUGAAAAUAAGAGAAGGUGUCUGAAUUUGUCUGUUGGAUGUUAUGCUUCUGUAAACGUGUAAUCAGAGCUAAAUAUGGCUAAAAUUUAUAGGAAAAAGAAGUUAAAUGCGUUAUUUUCAUUUUUUAUUGUUUUGUCUAAGCAAUGGCAAUGUAACCUGACAAGUUUAGGACAAACAAGCCUUAUACUGGAAAAAUAAAAAAGAAUGUGUUCAUCCAGCAAGGCAUGAAGAAUGAAAACCACUGUAUAAUGAUCACUUCCUGUACAUCAGAUGAUAAGGAACAGUUCUAAAAGCACGUCUGAUUUGUGUUUUUUAGUUUCAAAGCGAAAAAACAAAACAACCCAAAUCAUUCCUGCUGUUCACAUUAUUUUUCCAAGCUCUACUCCCCCUGUAAUGUAUCUCUACAAAAACCUACUAACUGCAAAAACAUAAAAAAGAAACUGCAUGGGCGAUGGAAGACUGCAUGAGCUUUAGCUUUCAAGCUGCGGAUAAACUACAACACAGUUGCAUCAUUUCUGGAAAAAGAAACCCUUGCUUUCAUCUGCAACCAAGCUCAAUCAUGAAAGCUGUCGUGGGAUUUCUGAAAAGCACCUUAGUGCCGGGACAGAGCUCGGCGUCAGAGUCGUGGUCACCAUCUGACGUGGGAUUGAUGUGCAGGUUGGUGCUGAAUGUGAGCAAGGACAACAAGGGCUAGUUUCUUAGACUCUUAACAGCUCUUCAAUGUGACACAUUGUCCACUGUUAUCUCAGCCAGACUGAAUUGCUAGUGUGUUGUGGGAAACAUGGAACACACAAUCCUCUGUUCAGAUUUCAGGGCAUUCUGGGUUUUAAGAAGUAUCAAUGCUGGACUGAUUUUCUUUGCCUGCUGCAGAAACACUAAAUGGGAUACAUUUUUUGGGAUGUUGUGUACCUUGCUCAAGGAGUUCCUGUUUGUUUAAGGAAGUGUGAUGGUUAUGAAUUUGUGUUUUCUUUCCCGAUCGCACAUUUACCUGCUGUCAAGGAGCCUAGCGCCGAGGGACUGUCGAUGCAUUCUGCUCCUCUUUCCAUCUACAAACAAACCAAACUUUAACUGUCAUUCAAUCCAGCUGCCAUUGUCACGUUGUGUUUACCAAGGAUUAUGCUGGAAUGUGUUCAGUUUGUCAGAUGAUGACAAAGGCAUGGUCUGUGAUCUAUGCAAGGGUUUUGUGUUUCUAUUUUUCUUUUGUUUUUGUUUCUUAUAUCACCUCUGACUUCAUCUUCCAUUAACCUAAAUAAAUUUUUAAGGAUCA